CAUUUUGAACUGCUAAAUCUCACACGAUUGAAAGAGGUUAAUGUUCUGCUAAUCUCUUUUCCUGCCCGGGGGCCGUGGCCGUCGCUAGGGAGGGGGAAGUGUACUCCAAUGCAACCAACUGCGCAAUCCCCAUACAGCACAUUGUGCACAUCGAAUAGCCACAUCACCUUUCAUUUUAGCCUACAAUUUAUAUUUUCCCUACAUAACUUUACAGGGAUCUGUUUAGUAACGUCCACAUUUCGGCCUUAAUUUUUUUUUGAAUGUACAAAUGUUGAGAACAAUUUUUUGACAUUUCAAUGUUGUCAGCUUCAGGGGGCUCACGAGCUGGGCCCACCGGGCGGACACCCUGCCAAUGUUAGCUAUGGCCGAGUUUGUUUCAGUUCCAGUCUCAGCUUUAGUUCUAUCGACUCGACCAACAACACAAAUGGAAACAGAAAUUAUAUUGUUUCAUUGAAAUGGCACAAAAAACUGAAGAAUGGAGCUGUCAUCCCGAUCUGGAAGUCGAAUGGGAUCUUUUCACUGAGAACUGCAGACGAAACACUCGUACAGAUUUUAAUUCUGAACUCUGGAUGAAAUUUUGGCAGCAGAGUAAUGUACCAUCAAAACCGACCAUCAACCUUGGUCAUGCAGAACCCUUCCUGCAGGACCAAGGGUUUCAUGAAGCCAUGGAGUGUGAUGAUACUGAAUUACCGUCUAUUUCCAACCCACCCAGCGCCAACCUGGUCGUAGAAGACAAUGUGGCAGCACUGACUGAUUCUCAACAACAGCAAAUCAAUGCUAUUGUAUCGGACCUUCUUGACGUUUUUGAUAUGGCCAGUGAAAGUAUUCCCGAAGAACUUAAAGAUGAUAUAAAAUUAUUGCCCAGCCAUGCAGUCUCAUUGCUCUUCAAGGAACUGAGUUUGCGGCUCUCAGAUCAGGGCUUUUACUCAAUCUGUAGUGUGCUCAGUGAGGACACAAAUCCAGAUUCUUGGGUAGAUAUAAGACUUGUAUUUCAAGAAAUUUUCCUGCCUAUGCUAUCUGGUGAAAAGCAUAAUACUCUUGGAGAAGAGGUAAAAGCAGGAUUAAAACAAUUAACAGAACGUUUUCCAUCAGAAUGUGUGUCACAUAUGCUAAUACCACUUCUAUCUUAUAAUUUAACGGCACCAACACAAUUGGAAUUGCUCUCGGAUCUAAUACCUGCUCUCCCAAAGUCGGAUUUCUCUGGUUUAUUUCGUGACUUCAUUUUACAAUGCAAAGCACCAUUAGAAGAGUUGAAAAUUUUGGUUUUAAUCUGCUUUAUGUCUACCUCUGGAGUUGAUGAUGUUGUACUGAAGACUGACUCUCCUCUAUUAAAAUUACUACCUGUACUUUCACUCUCAGCAAGGGCACUUUCAGCAAAUGAGUCAUUUGCCAGCUUGAUAUUAAGGAUAAUACCAGCCCUGAGGUGUAGCACUUCACCCCAAGUACAAAAUGAAAUUACAGCUAUUGUUCAGCAAAGUGCCUCUUUCAACAAGCAGGCCAUGCUGAACGCAUUGAAAGGUUGAGAGAAUUAAAUUCAGAUAACUUUAAAA